AGUAUUACUUAAGACAAUCUAUCAAAAUAAAUUAUUAUUGUAGAUAACUGUAAAGACAAUCUAUCAAAAUGAAUUAUUGUAGAUAACUGAAAUGUUUCCAAUUUAGAUGACAAAAUACUUGCAUUUUCGGUGCUAAGUAAGCAAAAUGAAUGUAUAAAUUUUCAUUUAUGUUUUUCACAUUGUUUUGUACAUAAACAUUGCGAAGAUUAGACAACCCUCUUUGAAUGCACAUAAAUGUACUUUUUCUUUAAAAUUUUAAUACAAUCCUACUGUAAUGUUUUACGUAAUAUUGUCUAUAAUUUUUUUUUGUCUUAAUUCAGGGAUGAUUGUAUUUCAGGUUUUUCUUAUCAUCCUUCUGGAUCUAAAAAACUAUAUGCAAGGCAUGUGAUUUUUCAGUGAAUUUCACAGAAUUUUCUGAAGUUUUUUGAGUGAAUGGUAACAUAAUCAGUAGAGAGAUAUUUAUGUCAAAUCAAAGAUAGUUAUUUAAGAGCAGCUGGCAAACGUAAUUUAUUUGAAUUUAUGUGGGCUACAGUGAAGGAUCCUCUGGAUAACCAUACUACUUUUGACAAGGAAGGCAUGGACCUUGCUUUCAAGUAUUUUAACUGCUGCACUUUUAACCACGAGACUUGCUGGGAUUGCUCAAAUUAAUAACCAUAUCAACAUGUUUAAUGAACUUUGUCAAAAUGAAAGCUUAAGUGAUGCUGAAAAUAUUGGAAGUUCUUUAGCAAACUAGCUUAUGGAAAAUAAAAUUAUUGAAUGUAUAUUUGGUCCAAAUCUUCAUGUUGAGUUAAUAAAACAGAGCCACAUUAUUUUAAAUUUCCUGGCGAUGGAAGGACGCAUAACUAAUGAACACAUCGAUACAAUUUGGUGUGCUGCUCAGUUGAAACACUGUUCUCGGCAAGUUCUUCAUUUGUUACCUCCUCUCAUCAAAAAUUUGGAAGUUUCUCCUGUUCUCCAUUUAUACAAAUUACUGUGCAAUAUUGAAACAAAGGAACAAACAGAACAGACACUUCUUCUUGCUUCUGCUCUAAUCAAAUUUAUAUGGCUGCAUGGAAAUAGUUCAUCUUCUACGAUGGCAUCAGAAUUGAGAGAUCAUCAAAACGCCAAUAGUCCAUUUUCAGUUCUUGUAAAGGGAUCAUUACAUAUGGGUGAGUUACAUGCAGGCUGUUCUGUAAUAUAUUUGCCUCAAAAUCAGUUUUCAUUUUUACUUGUGGUCUUAAAUCACAUUUAGGAAUAUGAAAUGUUU